UUUCCUAUUAUGAAAGCUGAGUAGAUUACUUUUAGGGUCCUUUCUACAACAGUAGAGUUCCUGCAGAAAUGCCAGACACCGAAGGAAAGAGAGAACUGAUUAUUUCUUAUGUACAUCUGCAUAAUUUCUGAAGCUGUGAAACAAAAAAUACACCUAUAUUCGUUCUAAGUCCUGGAAUGUGAAACAGCCUGCAAAAGUGCUGGAGCUUAGAGGUGGCAGAAAUCUUAAAUGCGUAGUCACAGAAAAUACUACAACCACUGAGAACCUGAAAACAAGACCUUCUAUACAGAAAUAUGAAAAUAAAAAUCAUCAGAUCACUCCACUUUGUACUAGUCCUACAACUACUGCAUAUUCCUUUUAUUGUCAGCUAUGGCUUCAGAAACUGUAUACAAAAUGCAUUUCAGAACAGCAGCUUCACCUGUAUCCAGCGUUUCAUACAGAACACAAACCAAGCUGUUUCUGAUCUCCCAGACUUUACGGAGUACCUCAAUAUUUCCUAUAAUAACAUCAUAAACCUGAAAGAAUAUACUUUCAGCCACUUGCACAAGCUAGUCCAUUUGGAGUUUACUAACAAUAAUCUAAAAACUGUUGAAGAUGGAGCAUUUGUAAACCUAACUAACCUGAAUUUGCUGAACAUGUCAUACAACCAGAUCUCAUAUCUUACAUCUGGUGUUUUCAAUGGACUUGUGAGUUUGAAUGUGUUAAUACUGGAGCAAAACUUGUUAGCAAGCAUUGGAAAUGAUAUAUUUAAGCAAUCAGGAAACCUAGUGCUUUUAAAUUUAAGAUCAAACAAACUUGCCAGUUUUGGUACUGUUGUUCAGUCUGUUGCCCAUCUGGAAAAACUGAAAGAGCUCGACCUUUGUAAUAAUGCCUUAACUUCAUUAAAUCAUUCCUUAACCAUUAGCCUUCCAAACUCCCUGACAAAAAUCCAUCUUUGCAACAAUUUACUUAAUGAUGUAGACUGCAGGGAAAAUUUCUUUGAAAAUGUCCGAGUACUGGAUCUUUCCUAUAAUAAUAUAACUAAUGGAUCUUCACUUGGCUACAUUAAUCUACGAAAUGUGACUCUAUUACAAAUCAGGAAGAAUAACCUAGAUGUGUUUCAGUUUCUGAAUGUAAGCAAAAUCAAACCACAGAGUGUUGACUAUUCUGGAUUAGGGUUAUACAGUUCAGAAAAUGUUACCCAAGUAUGCCAGUAUAUAAAACAUCAACCCAUCAAGAAAUUGUCUCUUCAACAUAAUGACAUUAGUAAUCUAAGAAGGAAUAUGCUGUCACACUGUUCUCAAAUUAGCAGCUUGGAUUUAUCUCAUAAUAUCAUUAAAAGAAUACACUGUUUAGAAUUUCUAGAGCAAAAUACAGAAUUGGAAGACCUUAUAAUUGAGCACAAUAGACUGAAUACGCUUAAAACAUGUAACAACACACGAAGAUUGUCAAAAUUAGUCAACAUAAGCCUCAGCUUCAAUAGAAUUUUAUCGGUUCAAAAUAAUGCAUUUUCAUAUGCUCCUUAUUUGAAGUUGCUGCAACUCAACAUUAACAAUAUUGCAUUUCUCAACAAGCAAGCUUUCAGUGGCCUUGACUAUCUCAGUCUACUGAGACUUGACAACAACCUUAUAACAGAUCUAUUUUCUACAAGCUUUGCCAAACUUUCACAUCUGAAAAUUCUCAAUCUAAGGAACAAUCGCAUUUCUAUCAUUUUCAGUCAAACAUUUAAGGACCUCAGAAACUUGCAGACCUUAGAUCUCGGAGGCAACAAAAUCCGUAGUUUAACAAAAGCAUCUUUCUUUGGUUUGUAUAACUUAAGAAAGUUGUAUUUAGAUAGAAAUUAUAUCAAACAUAUUAGUGCAGAGAUUUUUGGACAUAUUAAUUCAACAUUAGGAGUUUUGGAUCUCCAGGGUAAUCAAAUUCAUUACAUUAGCAGUACCAUAGAAUUAUCUCCUUUUAAAUAUCUGAGUAAUCUCUAUGAUUUAAAGCUCCAAGGACAGCAGCCAUAUGGAAUCAAUAUCAUACCCCGACACUAUUUUAAAGGUCUCAAAGCUUUACAUGAUUUGAGUCUUUCUGAAAAUAAACUUUCCCUUUCUGAAGAUGUGUUUGAAGAUCUUGAUAAUCUGCAAUUUCUUUCCUUAGCUGAUGCUUGUAAUGGUAUUCAUAGCUUUAUACCCGGAAUUUUUAAGAAUCUUAGAAAUCUGAAAAUACUUAGUCUGGAAAAUGUGGGACUGAAUGCAAUCAAGCCUGAAGUUUUUGGCAAUCUAACUAACCUCAUUAAGUUAAUGCUACUGAAGAAUGAUAUCCGAAGUAUAAAUGUUAGUGUUUUUGAAAACCUAACAUCACUAAAAUACAUAGAUCUACGGAAAUGCCCCCUAAGUUGUACUUGUUCCAACAAAAAGCUAAAACAAUGGUUAAAUCAAAGUCAGGUUCAGGUUGUCUAUCUUUAUGACUACCCUUGUGCAGAUAAUAAUUCUGAACCUUUUCACAGCUUUGAUACUCAUGUCUGCAAUAGCAGACUUGGAGAGUUUCUCUUCUUUGGAACUUCUACAGUGAUACUUUUGUGUAUGGUAUUUCCUAUAAUAUACAAAAAAUAUUACUGGUAUCUUAAAUAUACCUUUUACAUCUUUCGAUCAUGGUUCAAUAACCAGUGGAGAAAACAGGAUAACAAUGUUUACAAAUAUGAUGCCUUUAUUUCAUAUAAUUCUCAUGAUGAAAACUGGGUAUUUCAGGAGUUGGUCCACAACCUAGAAAGCCAAGAUCCUCCAUCAUUUAAACUUUGCCUGCAUCACAGAGACUUUGAGUUAGGUAAAGACAUUAUAGAUAACAUUGUAGACAGCAUUUACAACAGUAGAAAAACCAUAUGUGUCAUCAGCAGAUACUACCUUCGCAGUGAAUGGUGUUCCCUAGAAAUACAACUGGCAAGUUACCGACUAUUUGAACAGCUCCAGGACAUAGUAAUUUUGAUUUUUUUAGAGAACAUUCCAAAUAGGGAACUUUCAGUUUACCAAAGGAUGAGAAAGGUAAUGCUGAAAAAAACAUAUAUCAACUGGCCUUCAGAACCAGAAGAGCAGAAGCUAUUCUGGACUAAAGUCAAGGAUGCACUUGGAACUGGUAGCUCUACAAUAGAAGAAAGUCAGAAUGCAUUAAUAGUCUGACUUGACACAUCUACUAAUGUAUUCUUAUUUGAAAUCUAGCAGAAUGAUUAUUUAGGAUUGUUUCCUUGGAUCUGAGUACUGACACAUCUAAGAUUAUUAAGUAUGACAUACUUAGUGCGCAUUGCUAUGUGCCACUCCAUAUGAACCUGUCAAAACUUCGAAACUUGAACUGUGGUAUAUAUAAAGCAAUAUACAUUGCUAAGGAGUGCUGCUGUCAGUGUUACCAGUGUUAGAAAACAGGUCCAGAAUCUUUGUCAUAAGCAAACUUUAAAAAUGCAAGCUGAAGAAAUUUUAUGUCAAGAAUAUCUGCAUCAGAAUAUAGCUGUGUCAUGAUGAUUAGUCACACUGACCUAUUUAAAAAAAGUUAAUACAAUACAAUUUUGUAAGAUGAACUUAACAUUAAGGUGACAUUAAGUUAUAGUUUCCAAAGCUGUCAUAACAUUGCACGUUGCUUGUUUAUUUUUUUUUUCAGCGAAUGAGGUACUAAACUGAAGAUGUUUAAGUGGUGGACCUGUAAUCAAUAUGUUUAUAGGAAGUAAAUCUUUUAUUAUAAGAGGAAGUUCCUCUCAACAGUAUCCAAUAGGUAAAGUAGUCAAAGGAGGCAGUUAAACUCAGUGGUGACCUAAACCACUGAAACUCAGUUCCAGCCAGCUGAACCUGUGUAGCAGAAGGAAAUAUAGAGUGUUAGCUUCUUAUACAAAAAUUAGUGCAUGUCCUAUAUUACUCACCAUUUCUUAUUAUGCUGAUUUCUACAGAAAGACAACAACAAAUACCUAGAUAACUUAUAAAAGAUAUUUGCUGCAUUUUUAUGUAGGUGUUUUCUUGGUUUGUAGCUAUUGUGAGUAAAGAGCAGCGUCCACUGUAACGAGGUAUUGAAGCAGUGCUUUGGUCUUAUGAGUAUCAUUGUGCAUUUUUGUUUUUAUUUAUAUGUUUUCUGCAGGCACUUUAAAAUCAUUGUAAUGACUCCUAAUGGUAUAGUAGUUCUGGUCUUGCCAUGUCCAUGGGCUGUAUCUACUUAAGCAUCUCUAAGACCAAACUGCUGUAUUUGACAUUCCUUUUUGUUGUUGCUGUGGGGAGUGAAAGUCCAAGUCAACUUAUUUAGGUUGGGGAACCACAUACCGAGGUAGGAGAAAUUAAUUUUAAUAAUACAGGCCAUUGCAAAGUGGCAGUGUAAGCCAUAGUACUUUUGCAUGUUCUCUGGAACACAAAAAGGGGGUGGGGUUGGCAUAAUGGUUAAGGUCUUUACAUCACAGAUACGAGGUACAAGGAUUAGUUCUGACUUCUACUUAUUGGUUAGGCUUAUAACAGUCUACAGACUGAUAGCCCAGUAUGUGCCUACGAGCAUAAACAUAAAAUACACAGAAUAAGAGCCUUGAGAAGAAGAAUACGGUUUGUCAUAUCUUUGUCUGAGCUUGUGGACAUAUCCAGGAAUGGCAACUCGGAAGCAAUUAAGCUCAGAAAAAGGGACAAUUUAUUGCAGCCACUAGCAUCUAUAGGGCUAAUAGACAUGAAAAGAUAUAGUGAUUAGGGACUCAUUGAUCAUAUAUUUAAGAAAUAUGAUCCCCAUAAUUAAUUGGAAUAAAGCUACAGUUUCAAACUUA